UUCAUCCUGGGGACUGGGGACUGGAGCGCCGCCUGACGAGGAAUGCGGCAGUUAACUCUUUUUAUUUCUCGCGUACGGGCACAAGUGGAGAGUGUACUAAUUUAUCGAAGAUAAUCACGAAGAGAUACUGGGCCUCGGUGUUAAUGCUGUUUCGAAACGAACGGGCGUAUAGAAUAAUCCACGUCAAAUGAGCUGAACUUUACGAAAAUGAGCUCGCUACAGCAAGGAAAUAGGUUUCUCCCAUUCCCGACUAACAAUCUACAAAGGAAACAACUGUCUAUGCAAGGUGGUCUUCCUCAAAGUUUGAGUGGUAGCGAGACUGAUGUUUCCACAUCUAACGAGAAUUUAAGCAAUGAAGAGAGAUAUGUCAUAAGACACACAGCGCGACAAGAGCCACAAGGUCAAGAGAAUCAACAGCAGAGUCCCUCCAGAUCUUCCAGUCACAAGGAAAACAUACCAAAUAUUCAGGGCAAUCUGCAUAACAGGAACAGUUUGAAAGAUAGUUUGAACGGAUCAAACAGGAACAGUCUAAAGGAGAGUUUAAAUGGCUCUAAUCGAAACAGCUUGAAGGACAGCAUCAAUGGAUCGAAUCGGAAUAGUUUGAAGGACAAUUUAAGCAAUCGUAGCAUAGGUUCAAACAGAAGCAGUUUAGAUGUAUCGACGAGUUCUUACAACACGUUGAUUAUACAUAACGCCAACGACGACAGCUCAUGGAUACCAUCGGGAAGAUUAUCGGGCGUGGUGAGAGAACACGCAGACGUUGGCUACUUGUAUUGCGAUGGCAAUGGCAAGGGUCAUACCAAUAGUCCUACGAUGCAGUCGCUAUCGAAUCUACCACACGAGGAUUAUGUUCAUGAACAAUCUGGUGGCAGUGGUUGUCAAGAAAUUACGGACAUCCCGGAUGAUUAUCUCAGUCAGUCUCAGGUUUUAAAACAUCUCGCGAAAGAGGUAAAAGUGCCGCCAUAUACCAAUAAUGGAGGCAGCUUGGAAAUGAGAUUAGGAGAGAUGAGAAUAAGAGACGGCGAUAGGGGAAAGCAGAGCGACAACGAGUACGAAAACAGAGGAUGCUACGUAUCCACUUUGUUACCAUUUAACAAGCAAAAAAUUCUCAGGCCGACCGAGAAGUUGACUAUAUCGCGAUCGCAGCCCGACCUGUCUAAAGUCCUCAGGGAAGAAUUGUAUCUCACUCGAGUGAGAUCACCUCGACCACAGACUAAGGGACGGGAGGAGAUAGAGAGGGAGACGACCGAGAUAUGGCCGCCAUCGGAAAUGGUUCAGAUAAUAAUCCAGGAGAACAGCGCAUUGAAGCUGGAACUAGAGCGCUGUUAUAAUAAAGUUUCCAAGUCGCAAAAGUUAGAGCAGGAGAUAGCCAAGGUUCAUCGCGCCCACGAGGAACUGGCGGCUUCGUGCGAACGACGGGAGAAGCUGGAACGUGCUGCCCGAAUGAGACUGCAGAACGAUUGUCGUCGAUUAACUGAGCUGAAUCGCGCCCUGAGAGACCAGAUCGACUUGCUAUCCACACGCACGGAUAGUCCGCCGAUAGUCGAAACUAUGCGGAAGGAACUAACGCAACGCGAGCUACUCAUCGGACAGCUCAUCACUCAGAACAAAGAAUUAACCGCUGCGAAGGAAAGGCAGGAGAUCGAACUUGCCGCUCAGCGGGCCACUUUGCAGGAGCAACGUACACACAUUGACAUUCUGGACACCGCCUUGACUAACGCACAAGGCAAUGUCGUACGGCUCGAGGAAGAAUGUCGUAAGAAGCAAGUGUACGUGGAGAGAGUCGGUCAACUUCAGCGAGCUUUGUCUUCGCUUCAAGCGUCUAGUGAUAGACGAGAAGAGACGGAAAGACAAUUGAGAGGUCAGCUGGAGAAAGAGUUGCGCGAGGGUGGCGGGGGUGGUGGCGGAGGUAAUGGCAAUGAGUUGACAUCCAAUGGCGAGACCAUCGCGGAUCUGAAACGACGGUUACGCGAGAGGGACGAGAAGAUCAUGUCUCUUGAGGGAGAUGUGGCCAAGUGGGAACAACGUUACCUGGAGGAAAGCGCGCUAAGGCAAGCAGCCAUCGACGCAGCUAGCUUACCAAAAGAUGCAAAGAUCGCCGCAUUGGAGAAGACUAGUCAAGACGCAGAGAAAUUAAUCGCCGAGGCACGCUCCGAGAAGAUGAGACACAUGGAUGAGGUGCAUGCUGCGCAAAAGAAAAUGGCCGAUCUGGAAUCUAGGAUGAAGGAUCUGGAGUCGAAAUUAGCCGAGAGAGACGCCAUGAUCAGAGUGUUGCAGAAACAUACAUACGAUAAGGACAGCAGUAGCAGUAGCGGCGUGGGCAGUUAUCCCGCCGCUCAUUCGUCGCACUCAAGUACGUCGGCAGAUCAUCAUACCGCGCUAACAAGCACACCGGAACUCGUGAGUAGCGUACUCGGUGGUGGCAGCGGUUACGGCAGCACGGGUUCCUAUGGUGUUACCGACAGCUACAAGUAUAGGAAACAGGGCAGCUUCGAACAGACCAAUAAAAGCCUCGAUGAUCAAUUAAAGGAGUUAGACUCGCAGCUGCUUAGCAAGCGGGCACUUUGCUGUUUUCCAGGAUUCUCUAAUCCAGGCACUGCGUCGCGAAAAGGAAAAAUCCCCAAGCCAUUACUGGCGGGUGUAGAUAGCACAGGUACCUCGAGCACCGCCUCGAGCAAGAGUCGACUGCUGGAUGAUUCGUCCGGUAGUGGCGGCGACGUGGUAUCGCCGAGUAUAAUCGAAUUCGCGAACGCGGCGGCCAGAUUGAAGGGCACUAUCUCGCGACUAUCGGACGGCGGUGGCAAGCCGACCGAGGACAUGAUGCUGCUCGAGAAACAGGGCAGGAGUUCGCAGCGGCAGCGGAUGACAUCGGAGGUAAGCGGCGAGCCGCGUCGCGCCGGAAGUUUACCGCCCAGCUCGUUACCCCGACCGCCAAGAACAGUCAAAACAACCAGCAAUUCCCGUUACUGUCGACUGAGUGAUACAGAAACGCGCAAAAAAUCAGAUCCCGGACUGUCGCUGGAUACGACGAAUGGAAGCGGUGUGAAAGGCGGCGGCGUAAAAAUGACGCGCGAUUCUUCCGGUAACUGUAGCAACAUCGAGUACGGUAGAUUCGACACCGCCGCAAAAAUACUGCGCAGCAAGAAGAAGAGUCCCGUAGAGAGCUUUAUGACAAACAGCACACUGAAAAAAUCGUCAACUGGCGCAGGUGCCAGUGGUCAUGAGUACGAGAGAUUGCAGACCGACACGAUUACAGGUGGCGGUCGCAAAAAGUCAUUAACAGCCGGCAGUAACAGUUGCAUGUCGGAGUUUGCGGUGAAGCACAGAGAGAUUCAAAGCCGUUCGCUCAUACCACCGCCGCCCCCGCCUUCAUCGCGUUCUCGCAUCGGCGAGUAUGGCCGGCUGAGCGAUGGCGAGUCCUCUUCGGUGACGGCGGCUCUUAAGGGAGGCGGCAACACAUUGAGGAAACAGACGGGAGGUUCCUCCCGAGGCCAGAGUACCGGCAGCAUCGUGAGUAGCAAGAGCGGCGGCCGCGAUUCCGGUGGAACCGCCAGCAGCGAGGCAUCGACGACUUCUCUACCGCCAAUCAAAGCGAGAUCGAUACCGCGUCCCAACUAUCGCAUUCAAUUUUGAAACGCCCGUAUUUAUGCGCCUUACAUUUCGUCCCGAGAGUCAGUCUUGAGACAGACGAAUCUUGAGAAGUCGAGUAAAUUAGUAGAUGAUACUCUUAUUGCAAUCAUAUAACACAUUUCAUUAUGUUUGACAAUUGAUUUAAUCGAAUCAGAAUUCCUGCAUGAAAAAGCUAGUCGCUCCCUUACAUAUGAGUUUUAAUGAAUAAUCGUAAAUACGGGUACGAGAGUCAAUUCGAUGUCGACUUUCAAGUAUAAGUUUUCGCGAGGCGAGUUCCCAUCGUCGACAACAACCUUCCAAAUCUCGUUGAAGCAUAGCCGUGCUAUGAAGCACGUAACCCGUGCGAGUUACAUUAAAUUGGUUCCAAAUUAAGCAAAUGAUCACGAACGAUCAUCAAAUGAAUAUCAAACAAUGAGCAUGAAAAAAGCAUUAAUUAUUAACUAUUAUUAUAUUUUUUUUUAAUUUUCUUUUUACAUCUAAAAUUUUGUAUAAAAUAUUUCAUUAUUUAAUUAUUUUAAUUCUAAUUUGUAAUUCAUAUAUAAUUUAUAUAUAAAUAAUUAUAUAUAUAUAUAUAUAUAUAUA